GGGGGUUGACUAUCGCCCAAUCAGAUGAGACCGCCUCCUGAGCCCUAUAAAGCAUCGAGCCCCUUUCAGCAGCACCUCAUUCACUCAGUGCACUCCUUCCUUCACGCUGUAUGCACUAGUGUUGAUUCGUUUUCCUUCUACCGAAACACAACCCGAUGCAGGAUUAACUUCAUCCGUUCAACCUGAAAUAUUUGGACAAGAAGCUCGUUUUGUUUCCAUUUUUUUCUUACUUGGGAGGAAUCGACGAACGGAACAAAUAUGCGUCUCAUCCACAACAUGAGCUCCAUUGCGGAGUUUUCACCAGCUGAGACCUCGGUCCCCAACCGGGUCAUUAAAAUAGCUGUGAUAGGAGGCAGCGGAGUUGGAAAAACAGCACUCGUGGUGAGAUUCCUAACGAGGCGCUUCAUCGGAGACUAUGAGAGAAAUGCUGGUAAUCUCUACUCCAGAGAAGUCCAGGUGGACGCAGAGCAAGUAACCAUCCAGGUUCAAGACACUCCUGGUGUGGAGAUGACUGAUAAUGGCAUUAACUUACCAGAUCAUGUGACCUGCUCCAUCCAGUGGGCUGAUGCCGUGGUGCUGGUGUACUCUGUGACAGACCGCCGCAGCUUCGAUUUGAUCGAGCAGUUGCACCAGCAGGUUGUUCGUACCGGAGGCGCCAACAUGCCCCCGGUGAUCCUGCUGGCCAAUAAGGCCGACCUGCUGCACCUGAGGCGGGUCGAUUCCCAGCAGGGCCCUUUGCUGGCGGGAACUCUGGGCUGCUCUUUCUAUGAAGUGUCUGCCAGCGAGGACUACAGCCAGGUGCACAAGGCUUUCCACAGGCUGUGCUGCCAGCUAGCCAAGCAGUCGCCUCCUGCCUCCAACUCCACCAGCGCCGCCACAGAGAAGAGGCGUUCCCCCCUCAUCCCCAGGCCAAAGUCUCCCAACAUGCAAGACCUGAAGAGGCGCUUCAAGCAAGCACUGUCAGCCAAAGUCAGGACUGUCACCUCAGUGUGAGGAGCCCUAAGAUUUUAAAUGGGUCCCGGGUGGCCAGAGAAUGAAAGCAUUGACAAAAGGAGAGAAAAGCAGGCAGAAGAUGUAUGCUUCUCCACUCUGAAUCAGAGUGAAUCAGUCUGGCUGAAGACGGCAGAUGUGACAUGAACAGUGGGCUCUAAGUACCGAGACGCUGAUGAUUCUUGGUAAUGACCUCUGAGUUGCAGGUGUUCGCUCUGUCAGGUAGCAUGUGUGAGGAGGUUCAUCGUCUGUACAGGAGCAGAAACUACAUUUAUGGACACAGAAGCAGCCGUGUGAGGCUGUGUGAGCCCUAGACUCUCUGCACAUAAAAAAAGAAAGAAAAUUAAGCUCUCCUGGCAACAGCAGCGCUGAAGGCAGCUUAUUUUUAGCUGUGCUGGCCAUUGUGGCUUUUCUUUAUUCAGACUGCCACUACUUGGCACCACUAAAUGCUGGGUUUUAUUAUACCAGCCACUUGAGCAAGGGCUCUGUGUAGCCAUGUGUGUGUGUACUGAGUGUUUUGCAUGUUAAUACCUGCAGUAUAUGUUUGCAGCAUUCAGAAGCAUCACUGUACAGAAUGAUCAGAGAAGUGGGGUGUGGGGUUGUAGCGGGGCAGCAGACACCGUAUGUAGCGUGUGGCCUUUACUAUCACUGAUGCACUUUAUAAAAAAAGGAAUGAUCCAAAGGGCUUAUUGUUAUUUAUUUAUUUGUUACAAACAUGACUUUUUGUUCACAAUAAAAGGAUGAAAUUGAA